CAUCAGAAGGUGAGGAGCUGAUAAGAGUUGUCUUUAAAAGCCCUCUGAUCAAGCCACCAACGGAGACAAUUGAGAGGUGAAGAUAGACAAAAUGCUGCCAACUCUGCUGCUGCUGCUCAUACCCACCCUCAGUCCUGCUUCAGCCUGGAUUCCAGUGGAGGAUUGGGAGUCUGGAAAUGUGACUGUGUCAGUGGGUGAGUCUGGUCAGUGUGUUUGUCAUGUGUAUACGCCCGACACCAACUUCCCUGCUGACCGCGUUCAGAUCAUGCAACAAACCAGCAAGGACCUAAUCCUGGAAGUGAAAAUCCAAACGAACAAGAUGGUGAGCUAUGGGGGUAAGCUGGAGGUCUAUCUAACUGAUCUGUCGGACCUGACGGUUAGAGUGGCCAUGCUGGAGAGCAACCCAGACAAGUACAUCAAACUUGACUUUGAAUUGGUCAGGGUUGAGCUUGAAGAGUUUAAGGCUCUCGUGUCUCAGCUCAAAGGUUCCCUCAACUCCACCUCACCCGUUUUCGACAGUCUGUAUGCUGAGAUCCACAACAUGACUCUUGUUGUGAACCAACUCGAGACUUUUGACAAGAGCAACCUGGAUGUGAUCCGCAUUGAGUUUGCUAAGCUGCAGAAGAAGCUGGAAGAAUGUCAGAAGGAUCAGGAGUUCAUCAAGCCAGAUAUUGGCAACUGCAAUCACACAGGCAUCAUGAGACUCAGCAAACCAAUGGUGGUGCAACUGAACGCUCAUUUGAAUGCAGGCUACCAAUAUGGAGGGUGGGGCAAAGACUCCAAACCUCUUCGGGGUCUUGAGUCUAUGUACUUCUACGGUGCAUACACCGGCCCCGCCGUGCAUGACUUCUACUUGUACUCUGACUAUGAAAAGCUCCUUCUGAGGUCUGCAUUCAAACACCAUGAUAUACCAAGUGGGUGGGAAGGUACCGGUAACAAUUACAUUGUACACAGUAACACAAUUUAUUACCAGCACAACACACCCUUCAGCAUGACCAAACUGAAUCUGACCAGCGCUGCAUUUGAGUCAAGAGUGAUCCCAGCUGCUAGUCAAAGGUUCUCGUACAGUUACUCAGACAACCAGAACCUGGACUUUGCAGCUGAUGAAAGUGGAUUGUGGGUAAUGUAUGCCUCAGAAGAGAGCAAAGGCAAAAUUGUCCUUGCUAAAAUAGAUGAGAAAUCAUUUGGCAUUGUAGAUCAGUGGAACACUGCUGUGUUCAAGCAGUUAGCGGGCAAUGCUUUCAUGGCCUGUGGAGUCAUGUACGCCACCAGGUCAGUGGAUCUCAACACUGAGGAGAUCUUCUAUGGAUUUGACACCAAGACGGGGCAGGGGAAACACCUCAACAUCCGCUUCCAGAAGUUCCAAGAGAAGUACACCAACCUGGACUACAAUCCCACUGAUCAGAAGCUCUACAUGUACAACAAUGGCUAUUAUGUGACAUAUAGUGUGAAAUUUAACGAUGAAUGAUUUAAUCUUCUAGGAUCUAUCGUAUUUGUGAUUGAUGCGAUUGAUCUGUAUUCUCUUUGUUGUCACUGAAGCCAUAUGAAGCUAUGUUAUGUAAUGCAUAGUCUUUUUACUGUCUUUUCUUGAAUAAAAUCAAACUGAAGCAUUCAAA